UAACAUGGACAAUCAUGUUGUUCUGUUUGCUCUCAUGUUGCACUCUGCCUAUCUCUCAACGAGCGGCGAUGUCUCCGUCUGUCCUGCGCAGCCACCGAAUUGUCCCGGCGUUCGCAACGGCAUUCGAAUGACACCUGUUAACGCAACUGCAACUCACACGCUCGCCGGCGUCUUCUCCGUCUCUGUCUGGCAAGUUGGAAAGAACCCACAGCAGUGCUCGCUCUGUGCCGCCGCAUCUGAAGGCAACACCUCACCCUCUCAGCUUUUCGCUGUCGAGCAAUCGGAAGCUUUGCUACUCGCCACGGACCUCGUCAACUCUAUGACGCACAUCAACGGGUCUAAGUUCGGGUACGACAUUAGGGAUUCGUGUGGAAAUCAUAUUGGAAGCGACUGCAUCAACACAAUCGACCCACUUGCCAACACGUUGGCUGCAAUUGUUGGUCCUUACUAUGCAGGGCCGACCGUCUCGUUAGACGACAGUGAAGUUUUGUCGAUUUUCUCUCGUCUCGAUGUGAAAAACGGCUCGGCGAAUCGACUGAUUUUCUCUCUCCUCGACGUUCCGUUUUCCUAUUCGAGCGAGAUGCGCCGGUUCGCAUCUGGGAAUGGGUCCGCGCAAGUGAUCAUGCUGCAGCCGAGCUGCGAGCUGCAGGCGCUCGCAGCCGUCGAUUUCGUCGCGCGACAGAGGUGGUUGGAUGUGACGGUCAUCGGGAGUGGAGACGCGUGCGGAACAGCGUCGUUACGCGCGUUCAAGGAGGAACUCGACCGGAAGGGCAUCGCUUGUCAUUUCGAGGUGAUGUAUGUUCAAGAAAAACCGGUAGAGUCCACAAAUGAAGUUGCAAGAACAGUGCUAAUCCAGAGUCUCAUGCCCAAUUACCUAGAGAUUGAGCCGUCUGAAGUGGAGGUGGUUGGACUUUUGUCUACGAGGAAGCACGUUGUCAUUUUCUCUUCACUGACACUCGCAGAAAACUUGCUUAAGAAAUUCAAGUCUGAGUUACUCGCCUCUACGGAUCUACCAUCACUCACGUACUCGAUUUUUUUGGGUUCUGUUUGGGGCGAUCCUCGACAUACAACUCGCUUUGUAAAGGAAUUGACUCAGCUUACCGUAAUUGGUGAGAUCGACAAAUUUUAUGCUCUUAGAAAUAAUAUAAAUGGGAUAAGGAGAUUUCAAGAGCACAUGUCAUCUAUUCAUUUACAUUCUCGUCGUUUUGAGAAUAAUAAGUUUAUACAGAGAUAUUUGGAAAAUGUUGAUAUGUGCUCUCUUGAUGGCUCCAGUGGAACACAAUGCACGGAUGACAGUCCCUUUGAUGUGAGUGAUGUACCCAUACCGAGGAAUUACAAAUCUGUACUUAUUUUAGAUGCAGCAGCUAUUGUAGCAAAGUAUAUCUAUGACUACCACAAUCAAACAGACAACAAUUCAUCCAAUUUGUCUGAAGAUGGUUUAUUUGGAUUUUUAGAGGGAAAUGUUCUUAAGGUGGAGAACGAGUGGACGGGUAAUCGAUGGUUGUUUGGUAUCCCUGCCAGCAAUGGAAGGUCGUUUGAGUGGGUGCAGCCUAUGGAAUGGACAUACGAGAUCAUGGAAUUACGCAGGAGUGACGAACUGUUUACUGGCAAUGUGUACGGAACAUGGAGCAUCAGACUCAAUCGGACAAGCAGUCAACAUACUAGACUACUGAAGUUGAAGUCAUCGGAUCUUCCAAACGAUUUGGAGACAUCGUGUGUAUCAAUAUCUUCUUGUACGUCAAUAGACUUGAAUAGUAUGACAGCACUCGUGGUUAUCAUUGCAGUUUUGCUAUCUAUUUUUGUUCUUCUCGUUGUGCUGAAGAAACGAAACAAGAUUGAAGUCGGUGUAGCCAUCAAGUCACCAGGAGUGGUGAUCAUGGGUUGUGUGGCUCUACUGUCUAUUAUUGUCAGCUUGGUGACGAUUUUUGGAGACAAAGUGGGUGACUGUGAUGAUCGUCUAAAUGAUUUUCUUGUAACUCUAACAAACAAUGUCUGUUUCACUGUCCUACUGAUUGCUUUAGUUGUCCCUCUCGUUACGAGUCGUUUACUGAGAUUGCUUGUCAAAGUUGGUGGCUUUUUGUUGGUCACAGUGAUUCUACUUGCCGUCUCCAUUCAGGCUCAUCUUGUAGGAGGUGGAACUGACCAUGAUGAUGAUGAUCCUGUUACACAUUGUUAUAAUGAACGAGGAAAAGUAUUAUCGUCUGUGUCGUAUCUAUACGGCAAUGUUCUACUGAUUCUGUGUAGUCUGCUCUUGAACUAUAAUUUUUGCUCAGAACGAGGAGAAUACUAUCAAAGCAAUGGAGCAUUCAAACUCAUAAGUGGAUUGUUUGCCGUUUUAUUGACAAUCACUUACACAUUGUUGGUGAACGUGUUGCUAUGGAUUGAAUCCGUGUCGUCGUGUGUAGUGAUGGGGCGCAUCUUGACAGUGUUGGCUAUUUUUCCGGCUAUUAUUUGUAUGGUAAUCAUUGCCAUCUUAUUACUGUCUGACUCAAAUGACUCCCAAGAUGUCGAUGUCUUUUACUCACAAUCAGAUGACAUAAAACUGAAUGUUGUCCCUAAACCCGUCCAUCGAGUUGAUGCUCACUACCACGUCUUUGUCGGAUUUCCAGAACUGUCCACCAGACCGGAUUACAUUUUUCUAUUAGCAGAUGACGUAACGACAGCAAUAGCAGACGUUAUCAUCGAGCCGAAACGAAUUGAAAUUACAGAAAGUGUAGGAAGUGGUAAUUUUGGUAAGGUGUAUAAGAGCGUUCUGGACGGUGACCGAACUGUAGCUGUCAAGUCUGUUCAAGACAUUGAAAAUUCGAAACAGGUGAACGACUUUGUUCGGGAAGGAUUACAAAUGAAGGAUUUCCAUCAUCCAAACGUGAUGGAAUUGAUUGGCAUCUGCUGGGUAAAGCCACACAGCGACACUCUUCCACCAUCGGUUCCACUGAUCGUGUUGCCAUACAUGGAGCUUGGAGAUUUAAAAACCUAUUUGAGAAGAAACAGACCAGGAAAACGUUUGAAUGAGAAGGGUAACACAAUCAGUCUGGUUCAACUGCUUAAGUUUGGCCAUCAGAUUGCAAGAGGAAUGGAGUAUCUGUCAAAUGCCGGGAUUAUUCAUCGAGAUCUUGCUGCAAGGAAUUGCAUGGUCAAUUGGGAUUUGGAGAUCAAAGUCGCCGACUUUGGUUUGUCUCGUAUGAUGGGAGGACACGAUUAUUAUCGAAUGCGACAUUUUACUCAAUUGCCGGUGAAAUGGAUGGCUCCGGAGUGUCUCAUUGAUCUCAUCUUUACGUCAAGCUCGGAUGUGUGGUCCUUUGGUGUCACUCUGUGGGAGGUGAUGUCGUUGGCUCAAGUUCCCUACCCUGGAGUUGAUAAUCAAGACAUUCUUUCGUAUGUGAAAGGAGGGAAGAGACUACAGAAGCCCGACAAGUGUCCGGAUAGAGUCUACGAGAUCAUGCAACUGUGCUGGAAGACACAGCCGGAUGAUCGUCCAACGUUCAAGUCCCUUGUGACAGACAUUGAAGAGUACCUAACCGACAUGAUGAACUACUUCAACCCACUCGAGUCGGACAACAGACGACCUUCCGAUCCAUACAUCACAUGGCAGUUGAUAUCGAUUGCCGAAGAAGGCGACAGCGACGAAGACAGCAUUGAGCAACACAAAGAGCAAACAAAUUCCGAAACACAACCAGUGAUGAGACGCGAUAUUUCUCACUCAAAAUCAAAUACUUCUCAAUCAAAACAGUCUGUAAGCUCGAAUAGAGGUGCAACGUUUGUUCAGUCGUUUGGCAGCUUUGCCAGGAUGGUCUCGUCUCAAAUGAAACGUCGCACUACGUCGAAGGAGACCAAAAGGAAAGUUGUCAUAGAAACGGUGUGACGGCGGGAGAAGAUGCACAGUGACUUGUGUAAUUGGUGGACAUAACAAAAUGGAGGUUAUAAAUAUUUGUUUUAUUGGUUGAGUUUUGGGUACAAACAUUGGCUUGUAGAGACUCUAAGAUGUAAAGAUGUCUAUUGCCAUCAACAUUGGCAGUUUGUGUUGCUUGUCGGGGUACCGAGAUUGGCAGUGAUGGGUACAGGCAUGGGACACGUGGUAAGACACGUGGAGGGAAAGGGAAUGGGUGAAGGAGUCCUGGUAUGGUCAGAGUCGUAUGGAUAGGGCUCUGGGGUGCAUUGGCUGUUCCAUGAAUUGACUGGACUCAGCGAUGGCCAACCAAAUAGAAUCAAAAGUUGAAACUUGAAAAUAGAAAAAUAAAAAUAAAACAUAAACAUUGAAAAAUUGUAAACGAGAUGCGCUGCCAUGGUGAUACAGUGCAUCCAGGACUGCAAUCCACUCUGCGAGGCACAGUCACGCCUCCAGCCAUGCAGAUGGCUGGGUUCCUGUGAGCUAUAGACCGUGCCAAGCAAUCUACUAGAGCCUGCCAGGUACCCCAACUGC